CUCACGACCGCCCGCCCGCCGGCCCGCCCGGCGCCGGGCAAUGGCGCUGCUGCGGGACGUGUCGCUGCAGGAUCCGCGCGACCGCUUCGAGCUGCUGCAGCGUGUGGGGGCCGGGACCUAUGGCGACGUCUACAAGGCCCGCGACACGGUCACGUCCGAACUGGCCGCGGUCAAGAUAGUCAAGCUAGACCCAGGGGACGACACCAGCUCCCUCCAGCAGGAAAUCACCAUCCUGCGUGAGUGCCGUCACCCCAAUGUGGUGGCCUACAUUGGCAGCUACCUCAGGAAUGACCGAUUGUGGAUCUGCAUGGAGUUCUGCGGAGGGGGGUCCCUGCAGGAGAUUUACCACGCCACCGGGCCCCUGGAGGAACGGCAGAUUGCCUAUGUCUGCCGAGAGGCACUGAAGGGGCUGCACCACUUACAUUCUCAGGGGAAGAUCCACAGAGACAUCAAGGGAGCCAAUCUUCUCCUCACCCUCCAGGGAGAUGUCAAGCUGGCUGACUUUGGGGUAUCAGGUGAGCUGACGGCAUCUGUGGCUAAGAGGAGGUCUUUCAUUGGGACUCCAUACUGGAUGGCCCCAGAGGUGGCCGCUGUGGAACGCAAAGGAGGCUACAACGAGCUCUGUGAUGUCUGGGCCCUGGGCAUCACCGCCAUCGAGCUGGGCGAGCUGCAGCCCCCUCUAUUCCACCUGCACCCCAUGAGGGCCUUGAUGCUCAUGUCGAAGAGUAGCUUCCAGCCGCCCAGGCUGAGAGACAAGACUCGCUGGACCCAGCAUUUCCACCACUUCCUCAAGCUGGCCUUGACCAAGAACCCCAAGAAGAGGCCGACAGCGGAGAAGCUUCUGCAGCAUCCAUUCACAGCCCAGCACCUCCCUCGGGCUCUCCUCACGCAGCUGUUGGACAAAGCCAAUGACCCCCACCUGGGAACCCCCUCCCCAGAGGACUGUGACCUGGAGACUUAUGACAUGUUUCCAGACACCAUUCACUCCCGGGGACAGCACGGCCCGGCCGAGAGGACCCCCUCGGAGAUCCAGUUUCACCAGGUGAAAUUUGGCGCCCCACGCAGGAAGGAAACAGACCCACUAAAUGAGCUGUGGGAGGAGGAGUGGACACUGCUGGGAAAGGAGGAGCUGAGUGGGAGCCUGCUGCAGUCCGUUGAGGAGGCCCUGGAGGAAAGGAGCCUGACCAUGCGGCCAGCCUCCGACCUCCAGGAGCUGGACUCUCCAGACGAUACUAUAGGAACCAUCAAGCGGGCCCCAUUCUUGGGGCUGUGCCCCCCUGAGCCUCCAGCUGAAGACCCUCUGUCCAGCCCCCUGGGAACCCCACCUCCACCUCCCCCAGGCCCUAACAGCCCCCCACUGCUCCCCACUGCCUGGGCCACCAUGAAGCACAGGGAGGAUCCUGAGAGAUCGUCCUGUCACGGGCUUCCCCCAACCCCCAAAGUGCAUAUGGGUGCCUGCUUCUCCAAGGUCUUCAAUGGCUGCCCCCUGCGGAUCCAUGCUGCUGUCACCUGGAUUCACCCUGUCACCCGGGACCAGUUCCUGGUGGUGGGGGCCGAGGAAGGCAUCUACACCCUCAACCUGCAUGAACUGCAUGAAGAUACACUGGAGAAGCUGAUUUCACACCGCUGCACCUGGCUCUACUGCGUGAAUAAUGUGCUGCUGUCACUCUCAGGGAAAUCCACGCACAUCUGGGCCCAUGACCUCCCAGGCCUGUUUGAGCAGCGAAGACUCCAGCAACAGGUUCCCCUCUCCCUCCCCACCAACCGCCUCACGCAGCGCAUCAUCCCCAGGCGCUUUGCCCUGUCCGCCAAGAUUCCAGACACCAAAGGCUGCCUGCAGUGUCGUGUGGUGCGGAACCCCUACACGGGCAGCACCUUCCUGCUGGCUGCCCUGCCUGCCAGCCUGCUCCUGCUGCAGUGGUACGAGCCACUACAGAAGUUCCUGCUGCUGAAGAACUUCUCCAGCCCCUUGCCCAGCCCCGCGGGGAUGCUGGAGCCCCUGGUGCUGGACGGGAAGGAGCUGCCGCAGGUGUGCGUGGGGGCGGAGGGCCCCGAGGGGCCGGGCUGCCGAGUCCUAUUCCACGUCCUGCCCCUGGAGGCUGGUCUUACGCCUGACGUCCUCAUACCACCUGAGGGGCUCCCGGGCACCGCCCAGCAGGUGAUCCAGGUGGACAGGGACACAGUCCUAGUCUGCUUUGACCGCUGCGUGAGGAUGGUCAACCUGCUGGGUGAGCCCACGGCCACACUGGCGCCCGUGCUGACCUUUGACUUUCCCAUUGAGACUGUGGUGUGUCUGCAAGACAGUGUGCUGGCCUUCUGGAGCCAUGGGAUGCAAGGCCGUAGCUUGGACACCAACGAGUGCCCCUUUUCUUCCCAGGUGACCCAGGAGAUCACAGACGAGACAAGGAUCUUCCGAGUGCUUGGGGCCCACAGGGAUAUCAUCCUCGAGAGCAUUCCCACUGACAACCCAGGGGCUCACAGCAACCUCUACAUCCUCACAGGCCACCAGAGCAGUUACUGAGAGGGCCGGGCGUGGCCAGGGGCAUCCCCCUCUACACUGCCCCCAGGCCUUAGCUGCAUUCCCUUUUAGGCAAAAGGGGCCCCUCCCAGGUCAGAGGAGCCCAGGCUCUGCUGGUCUGAAGGGCAGAAAUAAUCCUGAGAAGAGUUUUGCAGGCUGGUGGUGGGGGGAAGCCCACCCCAGGCCCCCCACAAAACUGGACCAGAGGAAGCUGCUGUCACCUCCCCCUCCCCUGUGGGCAGCUCAGGCCCUGCGGCAAGGGUCCCCGGGCAGGGUGGGGGCAGGCCCAGGUGACCCAUUCCAUUUUGUUCCACAUUUCCUUUCCAUUCUUCCUGCCAAGAGCCUGCCCCUGCACCCUGUCCUGGGGAACGUGGUAUUUAAAAGAGAGACUAUAUUGGUAUUAAAAGCUGGUUUGAUUUUACUCCACUGAUCCCUCUUUGUCCGGGGGAGCUGAGCCCACUGUCUCAUCUCCCUCCUUCCCUCCAGCACAUCUCUCUGUGGCACCAGGGAAGGGGGGGGGCCCAGUGUUCAGGUGAUGGGGGAGCCUGGCAGAGCUGAUGGAGAGGCCCAAAGACAUCUCAGGGGCACUGUCUUCCCGGGCUCUCCUGCUCAGGAUGGGCCCUCAGCUUUGAAGUGUGAGGCUCUUUUGUGGCCAAGGAACCAUGCAGAUGGGGGGGGAGGCCAAGCUGAACAAAGGGACUCUCAUCCAGGGCACCCCUGCCCUGUUCAGGGUCUCACCAGGCAGCCAGGGCCUAGGAGGGGCCAGCCACUGGCUGCGCCACCCACUGCCAGUGGGGCUUUGGUCUGUGGACACAGCCUGCUAUGACCUGUGUCCCCUGCCCAAGCCUGGGGCUGCCUCCCUGCCUCCCAGCUGCUGCCUAGGUAUCAGUGUGCUCCAUCAGGCCAAGACGGCAGAGUAUGGGCUCCGUCAUCAGGCUAGACUCUGGGAAGAUUAGCCUGUGUCCAUUUAACAAGUAUUCCCAGACAGCCUCCUCAGUGCCAGACCCUGGGCUCACAGAGGGGUCAGUACCAAGAUGUGGACCAGCCCCCAGUGAAGGCAGCGAUCCUUGCUGGAGCCUGCAUCUCGAGGGUACAUCUGUCUGCCCGCGGCUGACCUUUUGCUUUGCAUUGUCAUUCUUGCACUUUUCCCUCUUAGAGGGCUCCAUAUCCUCAGGCCAGGAAGCACCCCCUCCAUUGCCCCAGGCACUGACCAGGCUGCUCUGGACCAGAGCCUUUGGGCAGGUGAGGCCAAAGAGGUAGGAUGACUGCUAGCCUUGAAGGAGAGGUCAGGUGCACACACAGGUCGGGUGCACACACAUGGCUGCAUAGGGUGGGAAGGCCCUGGGUCUGGGGGAAGAGCUUGAGCAAAGGCCCAGGGGUCAGGUCUCGAAUGUGGCCCAGUUACCUUUCUUCUGAUAUUCAAGGCAACUGUUUGAAUUAAGAAUUUCUCUCCACCUGGUGGGUUGUUGGUAUUUGAUAAAUGGAUGCAAAUGGGUGGGUGGGUGGUGGACAGAUGGCAGCUUAGGUGAAGAGCCUGCAGCGGCCCAGUCCCUACUGCCCCUGCCAGGGGCCCCGGCCAUCCCCGGUUCUUCUGUUGUCCCCUUGUCUGCCGCCCCGCAGAGCCCUGACUGCUCUGACUCCUAAGGUUUUUUGGCUGAAAUAGAUUGUCAGACGGGGAGGGAGAGAGAGCUGUACAUUGGCACUCACACCUGUCCUCUCCCUGAGACCCAAAAGAGGGUGACAGGCACCUCCCAAGUUCUCGAAGUCUGCACCUGCCUGGAGGACGUUUGAUGGGCCAAAUGGUGGAGUGACAUGAUAUGAUUCCUAACUUCCCAUUUUCCAGAUUUCCUGGUGGAGGUGUAGGACUAAGCUGAGGAGUGCCGGGGGCGGGGAGGUGAGCUCCCACUCAGAAGAGGCCCCUGACCCUCGCCCCAGGUGCCAGGGAGAGGACGACCUUCCCUCCUACAAAGCAGCGGCCCGCAAAGAGCGCCACCUUGUGGCAGGCUGCCCCCCUGCCCGUGGCUGCCACCCGGGUCGGCAAAGGGGCUUUGGGGGAGUUGAGAGUGUAACAUGCCAAAAAGUGGGAGGUCGCGGGGCGGGGGGGGAAGCAAGGGCUUCUGAUAAAAUAUUCACUGGCAGCACAGGCUGGCUACAAGCCAAAGAAAGACCAGGAAGCUGGGAAUUUGCACUGAAAAGACUGAAAGUUAUUUUAUGUAUUUUUAAAUAGGUAGCCCUUGUCCAAGGUCUGCUAUUUUUUAAAAGAAUACAAAAUGGAUACAAUGAAAAGUGUCCCACCUAGGUCUCAGUUACUUCUGAACCCUUCUGGAAGUAUUUAAGCAGUUCCGUAUGAUUUAUUCUUCUCCCCUUUUUAAAUGUGCGGUAACACAUUCCACUGUUCUGCUCUUACCCUUUUAAAAUCUGUCCUGGAGAGCUUUCCAUCAUCAGUGCUCCCCUCCCCUUGUUUUCAUAGCUAGUGGUGUUCCAUUGUAUAACUUUCCCACAACUCCUGUUCACUCACUGCGAUUAGAUCCCUACUGAUGUAACUGUGUUUCUACGACUUUGAUAUUACGAGGGACACUGCAAUAAAUAUCCUUGUGCAAUAAAUACCAUGCCCAUGCCACUCUGGCCAUUCAAGUGUCCUGUAGGGUGACUUUCUGGAAGCGACAUUGCUGCGUCAGAGUGGCCGUGUUUGUUCUUGUGAGAGCUACUGUCAAAUGCUGAGCUGUGUUUUCCCCGUAUAGCAAAUCCUAAAUCGGCCUGCAGGGCCAUGGGGAGGAUUGAAAAUCCUGUAAUAUACAAAAUGCAACAACACGGAGGAGCCUCAGAGAUUGAAUACUGAACUCAAAACAGCAAAUCACAUGAAACUACACACAGUACGGUCGCAUUUUCAAAAGCUCAAAAAAACCAGCAAAAGGAAACCAUUUAUUGUCUGGUGAGACAGGCACAUGUGAUAAAACCCUAUUCGAUCAGGGGAAGAAAAAGAACAAAAUUCAAGACGAUGGUCUCGGAGAGGAGAGUGGAGGAGCGAUGAGGAAGGACCCCAGGAGUUUGCAAGGGUUUUGGUCAAAUCUUGGUUCUCAGGUUGGGUGGUGGGUUCGUGGGCAUUCGAGGUAUGACAGUCCCUAACUCAGACAAGGUGCCACACAUCCUUUUGUAUGUAUCAAAUACUAUGUAAUAAAAUGUAAGUUUAAAUAUAAUCACUCAAAAAAUAAAACCUUGUAAUGGGUUAAAAAAAAAGCCAGGAUAAUCCUUUCCUAGGUUAUGAAAUCAGCAUUGUGAGUAGAACUACGGGCAGAUCUCUCUCUCUAGUUUCUUCUGUUGUUUUUUAAGACCGCUUUAUUGAGGGGGACUGGCUGGCUCAGUCAGAAGAGUAUGCAACUCUUGAUUUCAGGGUUGUGAGUUUGAGCCCCACAUUGGGUGUAGAGAUUACU